ACCGUUGUCCCUGGUGGAACGACACUCGGGAAUGAAGCAAGUGAAAGAUUGUGCCGUAGUGGUUGUCUAARAAAAMAGGUUAGUAAUCUCUGAGCCUCUAUAWAUGUAAGGAAGGAACCUUAAUAGAUGUCACCAAAACUCCUAGACUGAUUUCUUGGGUUUAUGUUUCUAGAUGGACGGUGCCRCAGGACGUCRCGACAACGUCGACGAUGGGAGGAACGACAUUCAAGAAUUGGCACGGGUCAUUCGGCAGUCGCAGCGAGAGCCCUACCCCAAGAUUGAUGUUUCAUUGUUCGAUGGGAAUCAUGCCUCUUCUUGGGCAGACAAGUUUGAGCAACUCGAGUAUAGCAACGAAUGGACGGAUGAGAAGAUGCUUCGCAUGGUAAAAAGGUAUUGUCAGGUGGGGUACCGAGACGAGAUCGAUGAACUGGUGCAGAUCUCUCGCGAUUGGUUAGAUUUUAAGGCGCGGUUGUUGGAGAAGUAUCAGCUCAGCGACCGGUUGCUCGACCUGCAGGAUUUGAGGGCGGUGGAUCGUAAAACGUUUGGUACAACCAAACUAUUCUUGUCGGAGUUUGAGCGUGUGGCUCGCCUAAUCCCGGAUCUGUCCGACAAAGAUCGCUGCCUCAUCUUCCUUGACAACUUCAACGACGUCGAACAGUCGAAGUUGGUUGAAGGGAUGCAAGGGAGGUAUGACUGGACUAAGGUCCGGCAGAAUGCGCUGGUGGGGAAGUUCGACGAUAUUCUCUACCGGUUGUUGAGGCAGCAAAAGGAGGAGCGGGAAAAGGUGAAGCCGGGAGAAGUAAAGGACGGUGAAAUUUACAAAACUUUGACUUGCAUGAGAGAAAUGAUGGAGGGCAUGAAGGAGGAAAGGCUGAAGCUUCAAGUCAUGUUGGCCAAAGAGAAAAAUAGUAAGAGGAAGGGGAAAGAGCCGGCGGAAGAAGAAAGUGACAGUGAGAGCGAGGAAGAAAAGGAGCCGCCUCGCAAGGGAAGAACGGUGGACAAAAUAAUCAAGGAGGGAGUGACAAUGCUGGCACUGGUUCGUCAGGACAAAGUUCCCAAGAUCAAGGGCAGUUUCAGCCGCAGGGUGGAAGAGGCCACGGUCGAGGCCGUGGAAAUGGACAACGAAGCCGUUGGGCGUGGCAGCAGGAAGCCACAUGUAACUAUUGCGCAGAAAAGGGUCAUAUUAUGCGGUUUUUGCCAACUCCUUUCAAAAGAUGAGAAGGAAGGGAUAGUCUUCACCACUAUACGUGGUGAAAUAUUUGAUUACGAAGGGAAUUCGAUCGACCCCAACAUUGAAGGGGGUAUGAGGAAGGAGGCGUAUCGCCGAAUGGGUCGUCCGCUACCGGCAACGUUCCGGAUUGCUUCUCCUGAAGAAGCACGGUUGGCCGAGGUCGAGGAGGUCAUGGCGUCGUUGCAUAUCUACGACUCACUGGUGGAGCCAGAAGGAUUCAGGGAACAAGUAGUGGAACGAGCGCAAACCAUCACUAGGCGGCUUGCCCGAUGCCAGGACUCUAUCAUCCGACUUUAUGUGGACAUGGAGGAAGUCUGUGCUGGAUUGCCGAAUGUCUUUCUUUUUGGCGAAUGGGGUGAUAAAAGGGAAAAUGCGUCUGGCCAAGUAGGGACGUCUGCUCCGAGAGAAACAUCACAAACUGGGCCAAUGGUAAGCACGAUGCGACCUAGGCCUGUUCUAAAGAGGAGUGCCCCGACUAUAGUCGUUCAGACCCGGGUGCGGCGACGAAACGAACAGCUUCAAAAGGAGAAAGAGUCUGAAAAGGCAUUGGAAGAAGAGCCUAUUUCCAUUAGUGAGAACGAAGAGGACAAUGAGGACGAGAAGUUGCGGGCCGAAGAGGAAGAACGGACUCGUCGUCGUGCACUGGAAAGGGAGCCGGAGAAAGGGAAGGCCGAAGUAAGCGAGGAGGAGCCACGAAAGAAAAAGAACAUUUAUUCGAUCCCCGUGGAGCAGGGGGUCGAUAUCGAGCAACUCGUCAAUAAGAUUCUGGAAAGUCAGCGCGACUUGGUCACGCUGAAGGAAAUUUUGGCGGUAUCGCCAAAAAUUCGAGAAGAGUUUAAACAGCGGAUGACUCGUAAGAGAGUCAUGACUGUUAAGCUCCGCGAAGUCAUUCCGCCGGAGGCUAACUGGUCCCCGCCUGGGACGAAGAUGGAUUGGCGAAGUGUGUCAACCGGCCAUAUGAAGGUCCAGAUUGGACAGCAGGAGUAUUCGGCACUUGUGGAUGAUGGAGUCGAGAUGAACAUCAUUCGUGAGUGUCAUGCCAUCGAAGCCGGGUUGAAGAUCAAUCGAGAUGAUUACGGGUUUUUGGUGGGAGCUAGCGGAUCAACUCCAUUUUGCGGAACAGCCAGUGGCGUUCUCGUCACGGUCGGAAAAGUUAAGGUCCGUUCUUACUUCUAUGUGUUACCUAGAGUGGAACACGAGGUGCUGCUCGGAAGGGCAUUCUUAUGUCGGUUUGCCGCCAGAGUGGAGCACUUGCGAAAGCUUGUACGCAAAGGCCAGAAGUGGGGAUGGGGUCUGAAGCAGCAAGCGGUCGUGGAAGACAUAAAGACUGAGUUCCGUGAGGGCGGAUUGAUCCUUGGAGUUCCUUUUUUCGACGAUGAUGAAAAGCGUCCUUUUGUUAUUGAGACUGAUGCGGGGCCCACAACCCUAGGAGGGGUCUUGAUUCAGAAGGAUGCUGAGGGGCAGGAAAGACCUCUCAGAUUUGAGAGCAGGACUCUGAAUGUUGCUGAGAGGAACUAUUCCCAAUUCAAGAAGGAAACCUUGGUCGUACUUCACUGUUUCCGUAUCUUUUGGAACUAUAUGUUCGGUAGACGCUUCAUCCUGCGGGUGGAUCCGACUGCAUUGGCUCAAUCCUUAAGGAAUUAUUCACCUGCUGAUCCCACCAUUGCACGAUGGUUGACUUAUAUCUGGAUGUUUGACUUCGAAAUUGAGCGGAUUUCGGGGAGUCAAAAUCGUGCUGAUGGGUUAAGUCGGGUUGAAUGGGAUCCAGAGACAGAUCAGGCAGAAGAAUCCGUUCCGGUCGAUGCCUUUUUGAAAGAAGAGGAGUCGAGGUUGAGUAUUAACUCCUUUGCCUACCUGCCUGAUGCGGCCACUCGACAUGGAAAAUCAAUAUGGAAUGCUCCCAUCUGUCACGGGGUACGUUCAGAGCUCGUGAUGGAGGAACCUUUCAUCGAGGAGGACCCAUGGGGCGAGCAGACCGCAGAGGAAAUGAUGAGGCUGGCUAUGACCGAUGACAUCGACCUUAUGCUUGAUCCGCUAACGAUUGAACAGGGUCAUAUGCAGGCUGAUGAUGCUUUCCAGACUGUUGGAAGGAUGUCAUAUAUCAUGAACUUGUUGGUUCAUGAGGAUCGCCUGAGGUUAAUGAAUGCGGAGGAAGGGAGCAGUGAGGUUAAAGAGGCAUUCAAGGAAAAAGGAGUACGAAGGGGAAUAUAAGAAGAUAGGCAUGUGGUUGAAUGGGGAAUUGGACGAAAGUGAGGUUGAUCCGGUUGUGCGGGAGACAAGCAAAGGAUUCGUUGUUCGUGACGGUCAUCUUUUUAAGAAAGCUGCUGAUGAUGUCCCAAAGAGGAUGGUAUGCGGAAUCUCUCGACAAUUGGAUGUGAUUGCUGCUCUGCAUGAUAGGGUAGCCGGCGGACACAGAUCUGUGCGGGUAACUUUGAACAAAAUCCAACGCCUUUA